ACACUAUUCUCACUUCCUAACCUCUCCAUUACACAAUUUCAAACGACCACCUUUCAACUCUAGGAAGCUCUAGAAGUUGCUCUCUCUCUCUCUCUCUCUCUCUGUCUCUCUCUCUCUAAAUUGUGAGCCGAAGCGGUCCUUGUUUCUGCUGUAAUCCCUCACUGAUCGUUGGUGCUCUUCUAUCUUUCACUCUACUGGAUGGCUGAGCCAGCAUACACAGUGGCAUCUGAUAGUGAAACCACUGGAGAGGAAAAAUCGUCUUCUCCUUUUCCUGAAACCGCUAUUGGGAUUGACAUUGGCACUUCACAUUGCAGUGUUGCAGUCUGGAAUGGCUCCCAGGUUGAGCUCCUUAGGAACAGUAGAAACCAGAAGAUGAUGCGGUCGUAUGUCACAUUCAAGAACGAAAACCCUUCAGGAGGAGUAAGCUAUCAACUCUCCAGUGAGCACGAGAUGUUAUCUGGAGCUUCAAUUUUCAACAUGAAACGAUUAAUUGGCAGGGUUGACACUGAUCCAGUUGUCCAGUCAAGCAAAAGCCUCCCCUUUUUAGUACAAACAUUGGGCAUUGGGGUGCGCCCACUGAUCGCAGCCUUGGUGAACAAUGUAUGGAGAUCCACCACUCCUGAAGAAGUUUUGGCAAUAUUCUUGGUGGAACUCAAGGCAAUGGCAGAAAUCGAGCUAAAGCGACCCAUAAAAAAUGUUGUUCUGACUAUUCCAGCUUCAUUCAGCCGAUUCCAGCUUACUCGUAUUGAAAGAGCUUGUGCCAUGGCUAGCCUUCAUGUACUCAGACUGAUGCCUGAACCAACUGCCAUCGCACUGUUAUAUGCACAAAAGAUUUCAAAUCAGAAUGUAAGCACCGGAUCUGAGAAGAUUGCUCUAAUCUUCAACAUGGGUGCUGGAUACUGCGAUGUAGCUGUUACUGCUACAGCUGGAGGAGUUUCCCAAAUAAAAGCCUUAGCAGGAUCUGCCAUUGGAGGGGAAGACUUGCUUCAGAAUAUGAUGCGUUAUCUGUUGCCAGAUUCCGAGACUCUUUUAACUAGCCACGGACUUGAUGACAUAAAAUCAGCGGGCAUUCUUCGAGUUGCAACACAGGAAGCAAUCCACAAUCUCUCCUCCCAAACAAGUGUCCAGAUUGAUGUUGACUUGGGAAAUGGAACAAAUAUAUGUAAGGUUGUGGAUCGUGAGGAAUUUGAGGAAGUUAACCGAGCAGUGUUUGAUAAGUGUGCGAGCCUCAUAAGCCAGUGCUUGCACGAUGCAAAGGUUGAUACCGAGGAUGUGAGCGAUGUAAUAGUUGUUGGUGGAUGCUCAUAUAUUCCAAAGAUAAGAAGUCUUGUCAUGAGCAUUUGUAAAAAGGAGGAGCUGUACAAAGGGAUGAACCAGUUGGAAGCUGCUGUCACUGGAGCGGCACUAGAAGGAGCGGUGGCAUCAGGUCUUAGCGAUCCCUUUGGUAGUUUGGACUUGCUUACCAUUCAAGCCACCCCUCUCGCCAUUGGGAUUCGAGCUGAUGGAAACAACUUUGUGCCUAUCAUACCUAGAAACACAGCAAUGCCAGCACAAAAAGAUAUGAUUUUCACAACUGCCCAUGAUAAUCAAACUGAAGCACUAAUAAUCGUCCACGAAGGUGAGGGGAAGAAGGUGGAAGAGAACCAUUUGCUGGGGUAUUUCAAGAUCACUGGAAUUCCACCAUCCCCGAAAGGAGUUCCGGAAAUAAGAAUAAUUCUGGACAUCGAUGCAUCGAGCGUGCUGAGAGUUUUAUCGGGGGUUUUAAUGCCGGGGUCUCAUCAGCCGGUAAAUCCAGUCAUGGGAGUGAGGAUGCCAACAGUUGAUGAUGGUCACGGCUGGUGUGCCCAAGCCCUACACAGAACUUAUGGUUCUACUCUCGACUUGGUUACAGUGUAGAAGAUAUAGUCACUACUUAACACGAAUGCAGAGAGUCAUGUUUUAGCGUUAACUGGUGAAAUGUAAAGCUGAUACUAUAUUUUUGUAUGCAUACUUUACUGUGUGUGGAUUUGGUGUAAUAAAAUAAAAUUGAGCAGCUUCUGCUCAAAUGGUUUGAUAAAUUAUCAGAUUAAUAUUUUCUA